GAUGACCAGAGACUGCAGACAUAGUACAGGAGAUGACCAGAGACUGCGGACGGUACAGGAGAUGACCAGAGACUGCGGGCACGGUACAGGAGAUGACCAGAGACUGCGGACACGGUACAGGGAUGACCAGAGACUGCGGACACGGUGCAGAGGAUGACCAGAGACUGCGGACACGGUGCAGAGGAUGACCAGAGACUGCGGACACGGUACAGGGGAUGACUAGAGACUGCGGACACGGUACAGGGGAUGACCAGAGACUGUGGACACGGGACAGGGGAUGACCAGAGACUGCAGACACGGUACAGGAGACCACAGACUGCAGAC